AUGGAUGAUCGAAAUAGAAGUACCAAAGUUCCUGCUAAUGCGACAUGUGGUCCAACUAAACAUAAACCGAAUGUAGGUUACAGAUUAGGUAGAAGAAAAGCCUUAUUUGAAAAGCGCAAACGUAUAAGCGACUAUGCCUUAGUGAUGGGAAUGUUCGGAAUAAUUAUAAUGGUAAUUGAAAAUGAAUUGAGCAGCGCAGGUGUAUAUACAAAAGCGUCUUUUUAUUCUACGGCUUUAAAAACUCUCAUAUCAGUUUCAACAAUCAUCUUGAUUGGUCUAAUUAUAGCAUACCAUGGCCUUGAAGUACAGCUUUUUAUGAUCGACAACUGUGCUGAUGAUUGGCGGAUUGCGAUGACAUGGCAAAGGAUAUGUCAAAUUAGUUUGGAAUUAUUGAUAUGUGCUGUGCAUCCUAUUCCAGGACAAUAUUACUUCAUUUGGACUACAAAAUUAGCAAACAAAAAUAAAGCAAUAGGUAUUCAGAAAGUUCCAUAUGACGUUGCACUUUCAUUGCCUAUGUUCCUCCGUUUAUAUUUAAUAUGUCGAGUGAUGUUAUUACAUUCAAAAUUGUUUACGGACGCUUCAUCACGAAGUAUAGGAGCCUUAAACAGAAUAAAUUUUAACACAAGCAAAUCAAGCGAUACAGACGUUCCCCAUUGCUAA